ACAUGUGGGGUUUUUAAUUUCUUUUUCGUGCUCAACCCUAAUCACGCUGUCACCAAUGGUAGCACCAUUGUGGUCAAAGAUGAUGCUAUUAUAAAUAAGAAGGUUGAGAUGGAAGAUAUGCAUUUUCUUAACUUUGAUAUUGGUUACGAUGAAAACACCAACGCAAUCAAAGAUGACAUUGUUGCGAAGAAGGUCCAGAAUGAGUCAAGAUAUG